UUUUAUAGGCUGUGUACGACUCAAGGGAGCUUCCCACUUCUCCUUUCACUUCUCUCUCUCUCUCCCUUUUUAUUACCCAAUGAGAGCAUCUCACUUCUAACAAACCCGCUCAUCAACAUCACCCAUUAUUGUCGUCUCCAUCUCUCCCCAUCUUCUCAAUUGCAAAGAAGAUCAGGCAAUGGAACAGAGGAUGAUAGAGUCCAACAAAUUCGGGCUCCUCCUUCUUCUUCUUAUCGUCACACUCUCGUCCGCCGAAGCUUACAAGAACUACACAGUCGGCGACUCGCUAGGCUGGUACGACACGACCGUCAAGUCCAGUGUGGAUUACCAGAAAUGGGCUUCCGGCAAGAACUUCAGCCUCGGCGAUUUCCUCAUGUUUAACACCGACACGAACCACUCAGUCGUGCAAACCUACAACUUCACGACGUACAACCUCUGCAACUACGAGGAUGCCCUUGACAAUGACACGACCCUAUGGUCGUCCGCGGAUCCCUCCAACACCGCCACACACCCAGUGACAGUGGCUGUCCCGCUGCUGAAGGAGGGAACAACAUACUUCUUCUCAAACGACUACGACGGGGAUCAAUGCAGGAGUGGGCAGCGGUUCCAGAUCAACGUUACGCACGGGCAAGGGCUGCCCAAGAGCCUAGCCGAUGAGCAAGCCCCAGCUCCAGUCGACCAGGUCUCUGGGGACGAUUCGGCUCCAGACACCAUCGUGCCGUCUAAUUUUAAUAAUCCACGCGACGAAACUGAAGACGACAGGGGUGACGCGUCUAUGGCCAAGUCGAUUCAUCUCAAGUCCUGGCACAGGAUACUGAGUGCAAGUUCCAUGUUCUUUUUAGGGUGUGUAUUUCAUUUUUUCAUGGGUUGAUUUUUUUUUCCUUUUAUAGGUUAAUAAUUUAUUUAUAAUGUUCUUUUAUAGUUUAUAAUACCUUAUACAUGUAUACAUACAUAUGCAUGAUAUAUGUAGGUCUUUGAGCUCCUUUCAAUUAA